AUGUCCGACGUUUCCUUAAUUGUCAUCGUUUACUGUAUAAAUAUAUAAGAGCCGGUAGUGGACAAACGCAAAAAUUGGCAUUAAACUACCAAACAUUGUGGAAUACAGUCCAUAAAGUUCUGUUGAUUGAUAUUACCGUCUACUGAAAAAUGUUGUCGAUAUUCUGCAUUUUAAGUAUUGUUGCAAUACAUGGACUCUCAGCCGGGUCAAUCGAACAUAUUCCGAAAAUCGUGGGCGGCAAUCUUGCCGAUGAAGGUCAAUAUCCUUAUCAGGCAUCUCUUCGUCAUAAGGGCCGUCAUUUCUGUGGAGGUUCUAUUAUAGAUAAAAGACAUAUCCUUACAGCUGCUCAUUGCGUGUCCGGUCUUGACGCCACGGACAUCAAUGUUGUAUUGGGCACGAAUACUUUGGACGAAGGUGGCGAUGAGUACUCCUCAAUCAAGAUAUGGGCACAUCCCUAUUAUAAUGCCUUCUUCAUCAGAAAUGACAUCGGAAUGAUUAAGCUAAACAAGGAUAUCGUUUUCGGAGACAAAGUGAAACCGAUUGAUCUGCCCACCAAAUACUUCGACAAAUCCAAUUAUCCGGCGACGUUGUCAGGCUGGGGCACAACCAAUUAUCCGGGGGAAACGCCGAACAAAUUGCAACACAUUCAGCUCACAGUCAUCGAUCAAAAGCAAUGCUUAAGCACCAGCUAUCGCGUCACCAACAACAACAUCUGCACAUUCAACAAACAGGGCGAGGGUGCCUGUCACGGUGACUCUGGCGGUCCUCUGGUAGCCGACGGUAAGCAAAUCGGCGUGGUGUCCUGGGGAAUACCUUGCGCUAAAGGACGUCCGGAUAUGUACACGCGAGUUUUCCCCUAUCUGAACUGGAUCAAUAAGCAUACCCAAGAGGAUAAUUCCGUAUAAAUCGAUCACGAGUCGAAAAUUCCUUGUAACAAUUACAAUUUUGUGAAACAACGAUAAAUACAUCUUAUGUUACAAAAAUGACUCCUCAAUCCCGCAUUAAGGAGUUAAUUGUCAAAUAAUAGCGUAAUUUCAUUUUAAUCGUGAGUUCAGAAAAUUUACUUCCGAUACAGCGUUUAUGAUUUCUCUAAAGUAAUUCGUGUAAUACCGUUUGCAUGUAAUAAAUAAUUAAAUAAAUUUAUAAGCAUA